AUGUCAUCUACAGCAUUCUGGAAGACCACUAAUCGCUCUUCUGAUGAGCGAUUCGUGAACAUUUCCCACAGUACUCUCCACCAGAAGCGGGUAGAUCUUGUGCAUAACUUGCGUGAAGGUCCACGGCUGCGACGUCGACAUACCAAGUCUCGCAAUGGUUGUAUAGCCUGCAAGCAGCGCCGAAUCAAGUGCGACGAAGCAGUCCCAAAGUGUGGUAACUGCAUGAAGAGAGAAGGAAAUUGCGUUCGGUCAAACCCAGAAUCAUCUCGAGCCUCAAGUGCGUCUCCAUCAUCUCCACCAGUGACGCAAGGAAAGCACCCUCGGCGGAGAGAGAUCUCACCUCCGACAAGGCCCAGCUUAGAGGCAUUAUGUCUGGUGGAGGAGUGUGACUUCCAGAGAGAAUUGAUGCAUCAUUUCGUCACACAUACGGCCACUACCUUGGUCUUUACUCCAGAGCUCUGGCGAGGGCCGUUGCUGCGUUUAUCCCUUCAGGUUGACUACCUCCACAAUGCCAUUCUUCUGAUUGCUGCAACGCAUCGGUCUGUCCUCGCGACAUCCACAGACCGGCAACGGGGCCAGUAUCACAAUGCAGCGCGUAACUAUCUGGCCAAGACGUUGCAUGGUUAUCAAGAUGCCUUGUCCAAUCCCAUCUCAAGUACUCCUGGAGAUGCGCUCAUUGCCGUAUCGCUGUUGCUGUACCACUAUGCGUGGUCUAGCAUAGAUCAAGCGGCCGUUCCCCUCACCUUAUCAGAGUCGCCAGCCAUUUCUCGCGAGCUCGCAAGCGAAUUAGAUCUCUCAUCUGAUCCACUGAUGAAUCUGUCCGUCGGCCUACGCUAUUUGUUUUGGAAGACGGGUGCUCUUGCUACAGAUAGUGAGAGCCCUUUCCAUACCUAUGCACUUGAGAGGCCCCGGGUCCGCAUUGUCGAGGCCGUGCAACGACAGCAACAGCCGCACAACUCUUUAGGUCGUAUGGAAUCAUAUCUUCUGGGAGGAUACGACUCUCAUGGCUCAUCAAUUGUGGAGAGCACGGAUAGCUCCGAACCACAAGUGACUCCAGAUCGUGUUGUUGACGACCCGAUUGCCCUCGCGGCGUAUUCAGAGUCGGCCGGUCGACUGGCGCCUAUAUUGGCCCUGAUGUUCUCUUCCGUCGCCAUCCAGGACGAGCCAGUCAUUUCUAAUGGCACUAAUCAUGACCGUGGGCCUGCUGUCCGAAUCUCGGAUAUCAUUCGAUACCUCUUUUCCUAUCCUAUUCACUUCUGCCACACGUUCCGAUCACUUGUAGCCACCCACGCCCGACGAGCCCUGUUCCUCCUGUUGCACUUCUUCCGCGCGGUCCGUCGUCUCCUACCAGCAGACCGUUGCUGGUGGGCCCAGCGCCGAGCAAUGCUGUUAGAAAGUCAACUCGAAUGUAUUAUAAAGGUUGAAUCCGCCGUCCCAGAGCAGGGUGCAGUGGAGAGGCUUAGCUCUCUGGGACUCGAUGCCCAAGGCACCGAGUGUGUGUCGUAUCCGAUGCGCGAUUGGUUGAAUGGUGAGUGUAUCCAUGGCCAAUUCUAG